AUGGCUCAGAUAGGCUUUUUCGAUGUCGAGAAGCGUUACGCCGCUCUGGAUGCCAAGAAUGACCCCUUGGUGAAGAUCAAUGCCGUCGUUCCAUGGGAAGCGUUCCGCAGCCGCCUGGAGAAAGUCUGGCGCAAGCCAGCCGACAAGCGUAGUCGAACGCAGGCUGCAAGGCCUGGGACGCCAUCGUCAUGUUCAAAGCCAUCGUUCUGUGCGCCCUCUACAAUCUGUCGGACGAUCAGGUGGAGUACCAGAUGCGCGACCGCCUCUUUUGUGCGCUUCCUGGGUCUGGCCCUUGAAGACAAAGUGCCCGACGCCAAGACCGUGUGGCUUUACCGGGAACAGUUGUCACAGGCUGGUGUGAUCGACGCCUUGUUCAACGAUUUUGACGGCUAUCUGAAAACCCAAGGCUACCAGGCGAUGGGCGGCCAGAUCAUCGAUGCGUCGAUUGUCGCGGUUCCCAAACAGCGUAACAAUCGUGCUGACAACGCCCAGAUCAAGCAAGGCGAGACGCCCAAGGAGUGGGCGGACAAGGCGGCCCGGCGGCGUCAGAAAGACACGGAUGCGCGGUGGACGAAAAAGCACGGCAAGAGUCAUUAUGGCUACAAGAACCACCUCAACAUCGACCGCAGGCACAAGCUGAUCCGGCGCUAUAGCGUGACGGACGCGUCGGUUCACGACAGCCAAGCGGUGAUGACCUGCUGA